AUGGCUAAAGGAAUUAUCAAAAUCUUGGUUGUUGCAAUGCUUCUAUUGCUGAUCAACACUGUUUCAGGAUUUGAAAUAGAUGAAGAAUUCCAGAUGGAAAGAACAUGUCAGAGAAGAAUGAUAAGCAUGGUUAAUAUCGCCUUUGAGGUGUAUAAUUCCAUCAGAAGAUUCCAGUUGUUCACAUUUAUCGGAAGAAUCUUCUUGUUCGGCUCAAGAGUAUUUGACUUCUUCAGAUACUGCUAAUUCUUCCUUCAAUAUUGCUGAAUAAUA